GAUCAUCACUUCCACUCUGGGGCUCUACCCUUUCCCUUGUCCCCCGUGAGUCCGUGACUCCGCGACGGAGAAGACAAACGAUGAUGCCUUCCGGCCAACUGCUCCCCCUGACCCGCCCGCCUCCGCCGCCUCCGGCUCCUCCAGUCCUCUCCAGCCGCCGCAGCCGGCGCCUGCCUCCCGCCCGCGCGCACGCUCGAGGCUUGCCUCCGCCUCUAUGGCGGGCCCACCGCCUCCACGACCGCUUCCUGCAUCCUCCUCCGCAGUUCCGCGCUCCGGCCAGGGCUCCUCGCCCUCCAACGCCUCCAGGGGUUUCGGCCGCCGGAGGAGGCGAGGCUCAGGCGGCGGCGGUGGCGGAGUUCGUGACGUCUGAGAGGGUGAAGGUGGCGGCGAUGCUGGGGCUGGCCCUCGCGCUCUGCAACGCCGACCGUGUCGUCAUGUCCGUCGCCAUCGUGCCUCUCUCCCAGGCGUACGGUUGGACCCCUUCAUUUGCCGGCGUCGUGCAGUCAUCCUUCCUUUGGGGAUAUCUGAUGUCGCCGAUAAUUGGCGGAGCGCUUGUUGACUACUAUGGUGGAAAACGAGUCAUGGCUUAUGGUGUAGCCUUAUGGUCCUUGGCCACAUUCCUGUCUCCUUGGGCAGCUGGUCGCUCUAUAUGGUUGUUUCUCUUUACUAGAGUUCUGCUGGGUAUUGCAGAAGGAGUGGCACUCCCAAGCAUGAACAACAUGGUUUUGAGGUGGUUUCCUCACACAGAGAGAUCUAGUGCUGUGGGUAUUGCAAUGGCAGGCUUUCAGCUUGGGAAUACCAUUGGGUUACUUCUAUCCCCAAUUAUCAUGUCACGAACUGGAAUAUUUGGACCUUUUGUGAUAUUUGGAUUAUUCGGAUUUCUGUGGGUGUUGGUGUGGAUACCGGCUAUAUCUGGCACACCCGGUGAACAUGCACAAAUAUCAGCAUAUGAACUGGAGAAUAUAACCAAAGGUCAGAAAUUGGUGAAGCCUCAAAUUGGAAGUGCAAAAACAAAAAAGGUCCCCCCUUUCAGCAAACUACUUUCCAAAUGGCCAACAUGGGCUUUGAUCAGUGCAAAUGCCAUGCAUAGCUGGGGUUAUUUCGUCAUCCUUUCAUGGAUGCCAGUCUAUUUCAAAACAAUAUAUCAUGUCAAUCUGAGAGAUGCUGCAUGGUUCAGUGCACUCCCCUGGGUGAUGAUGGCAGUUUUAGGUUAUGUGGCCGGUCUUGUCUCAGACAUGCUUAUUAGAAAUGGAACAAACAUUACUUUAACACGGAAGAUAAUGCAGUCAAUUGGCUUUCUGGGUCCUGGUAUUGCUUUACUUGGUCUGAAUGCAGCAAAGAGUCCAAUCAUUGCUUCAGCUUGGCUUACAGUUGCUGUUGGUCUGAAAUCCUUCGGCCACUCAGGUUUCUUAGUAAAUCUACAGGAGAUUGCCCCACAAUAUGCUGGAGUCCUACACGGAAUGUCAAAUACAGCUGGGACAUUUGCUGCCAUUUUAGGAACUGUUGGAGCAGGGUUUUUUGUUGAUCGGAUGGGUUCUUUCCGUGGAUUUUUGAUAUUGACAUCACUCCUAUACUUCAGUAGUGCUCUUUUCUGGGAUAUAUUUGCUACUGGAGAGCGUGUUGACUUUGAUGGCACUGGCUAGCACCUGAGAGGAACUCUACAGUUUCUAUCGGGCACAAAAUGAUGAUUCAGGACGGUGCUUUACUGCCCUCUCUGCGAAACCUCAAGUUCUAUGCACAUGAAGAUGAAGAGCUUAAGUUAUGACUGUACAGCAUUGGGUUUUGACUUUUCAAAGUAUCCAAUGAGUUUAUCUUGGAAGUCAGAUAUCAGUGGUGGGUGAACACAUGGAACUGGCUUUGAAGAACAUGCUAGAUUUUCUUGUAGGGUAAGCUCGGAAUGUAUUGAGUCGGUGAAACCUGAAUAUGUAACUUAGAAUAAAUAACAGGGUAGGAGCCCGACCAUUCAUGGCAGAUGGCACCAAAAGUAGUAGAGAUCUGAAACUAAUUUGCAGGCUAGUUGGAAGCUGGGAAACACGGGGAACUUGGGUGCAAAUCCCACGCAAUAAGUCAUGAGCUUUAAAAUCAUAAAGCCUCAUGAGGGUCGGGGGAUAAUUUUCCUUAUUCAAGUAUAAAAUGCAUGCAAAGAAAUUGGGAGAAGACCCUUGACGAGGAACAAACAAGGAUCUGUACAUUGAUGAAACAUUUGUAAAAUUCCAAUUAUUCAGUGUUGGGAAUGUGAGCAUAUAUAUCGAUGCCAGUGCAAA